AUGCACAGCGCGCUGUCAGAGGUGGCCCAAGUUUCACCCCCGUGUUCCGCCGGGGAGAGCACUAAGGUCCCCGGUGGCAGGUGGGGCCACGCUUGCAGAGCAGGACCUUCCCACCACGUGUUCUCUGCACAGGUGGCCCCAGAGAAGAAGGGGCUCUGCAUGCACUUCAAAUACACCCUGAGGAGGCCCCCUGUGCUUGCUUUCUUGGUGGUUCUGAAGCAGAUGGAGACGCUUGGAUGCAGGAGAGAGACCCAGCAUUCGCAGAGGUUUCUGAUGGUGCAGCUGGCCCCGCGCCUGGGCUCAGAGGUGCGCACAGAGAUAAUAAAAGCUUCUAGGGAAGAUGUCAUCAGGUUCUUGGACUCGGUGCCUCCCACUGUGAUUGGUCACUUCAAGCAGUCAGCCAAGAAGCUGAUUGAGGAGAAGGGAGCCCUGGAAGCCCUGGCAGCCGCCCUGGCCCACAUUUCCAGUGCCAUGUCGGUAGACCAGCACUCCUUGAGCAACUGGGAUGCAGGCUUUGUGACCAUGAUGUUGCAGUGCUCAAUGGCAAUGUCAAGCGUUAGUUAUGCUUGGAAAGAACUUAAAGAGCAACUGGGUGAGGAUAUUGAUUCCAAAGUGAAGGGAAUGGUCUUUCUAAAAGGAAAGCAGGGUGUUUGCUUUGAUAUUCCUACUGGGUCAGUAAGUAUAGGAAAAGUGGCAUGCGUCAAGGCACUGGCAGCUUUCUGUGGCUACAGAGCAAUCAAAGCUAGAAGGACCACAGGAGCGACAUUGCAACUGCUGAGGACAGCGGGAAGACAACAGAAGCUUCAGGGGACAGCGUGA